AUGCCAAUCUCGACAGAUGACGAGACUGAUGUCGUUUUCGAUUACACGACAUCGAUCGCUCUUUUGCUUCUCGCUUAUUUCAGUAUCAAAGAGUCAGAGAUUGUUGCUACAGAAAUGUGGUUGUACACAAUUCUCGCUUUUAGUUUUAUUUUCUUAAAAGCCGGCUUUUUUACCUGGUUUUGUAUUAAAAAAUACCACGAUAAUGACGACCAUUUAUUCAUCGUCUAUGUCAUCUUAAUAUUAGCAGUGGGGCUUGCAACCAUUAUAUACACAAGUAUUGCAGUCUACUUAUCAAUUUACACCAUCAAUCGUUACAAGGGGAUUUUUGAAUGUAUAAUACAUAACCUUUGGCUCAAACAUCCUAGGUCGGUGUUCUGUACGAGUCUUGUUCUAGCCUUUUCUCUUGAUGCAUUACAAUUUAUAUUUUUGGAGAUAUAUGCUUCUCGCGGCUACUAUGAAUCUGACAGAUACUUAUUCAUUGUUAUACCGACUCUAUUAAUGGUUCUUUGUGCCACUAUAAAAUGCAUUUACGUUAUUGUUAAUAGUGGAAAACCAGAACAAAGCAAUGGAGCAGGAGCAAACAAUGAAGGAGAAAAAGUAGUAAAAAAUAUCGUAAAUGGGCAGUUCUAUCAGUCGCUAUUGUUAAUUGUAUUUGCGGGUGAUGUGAUUGAAAUGCUGUUAUUAAAUCUUGAUCCUAUCUGGACAAAAGUUUAUUUGACCACGGAUGCUGUAACAUUUGUAAUAGGAGGAAUCGUAAUUAAUGCUGCAGAGAAAAAGGCAAAUGAAAAAGAAGCAAAGAAGAAUUCAGUUGCUGCAGCAGUUUGA